AGAUCGAGUAGUUUCAUUUUGUUUCCCAUUCCACGAUGUCAAUCAGCCGGCUUCAAUCGUGCACAACACUCGCUCGAGGCCUUUUCUCGUCUACUUCUAUUCGUUUGUUCUGUUCCUCCGUGGCUAAAAGUAUGGAAAAACACCAGGUCGUGCCGGAUGUCAUCCCGGUAGCUCCAGCCGAAGUUGCCAAGGUGAGUUACGCAAGCGGUGUCGUCGUCAACGAGGGCAACGAGCUGACCCCGACAAAAGUGAAGGAUAUUCCAAAGGUGGAGUGGAACGCGGACAGUUCCGCUCUGUAUACCCUGUGCAUGACGGAUCCGGAUGCACCGAGUCGCAAGGAACCGACCUACCGUGAAUGGCACCACUGGUUAGUCGGAAACAUCCCGGGAGGUGACGUCGCCAAAGGCGAAACCCUGUCGGAAUACGUCGGCUCGGGACCCCCAGAGGGAACCGGACUGCAUCGGUACGUGUUUCUGGUGUACAAGCAGAACGGCAAGCUUACCUUCGACGAACCGCGUCUGACCAACCGCAGCGGCGAUAACCGUGGAGGAUUCUCCAUCAGGAAGUUUGCCGAGAAGUACCAGCUGGGAAAUCCCGUGGCCGGGAACCUGUACCAGGCCCAGUGGGACGAUUAUGUUCCGCUGUUGUACAAGCAGCUCGGUGCCUAAGGAACGAGCGCGGUGCGAGAAAUAUAAAUUGGAAAAUUUCCAUGCAAUUAUAUAUAACAUUGUAAUCGUAACAUUUAAUCCUGAAAGAUUUUGCUAGAAACAUCCACGAAUGGAAGAAAUAAAUAUGGCUGA